GUAGCCGGAAGUUGCCGUGCGUCACUCCUGACGCUGGCGUGGACUUCAUUCGUGUUGGAAACAGAAAUGCAGACAGACGUCCUGAUCAGAAGAGAGACGACCGAUCAUUAUAAACACUGAACCGACAGACAUCAGUCAUGGCGAGCGAGUCCGUAAGUGUGCUGUUCAAGCUCUACUGUCUGACCGUCAUGACUCUGGUCGCUGCCGCAUACACCGUGGCUCUCAGAUACACCAGGACCGUGUCCUCGGACCUGUACUUCUCCACCACCGCAGUGUGUCUGACCGAGGUCAUCAAACUACUGCUGAGCCUGGGGAUGCUGCUCAGGGAGACGGGAGGCUUGGGCCGGUGCAGAAGUGCAGUGGUCAGUCACAUUUUCAGGAGUCCUGUGGAGCUGUUGAAGCUGAGCGUGCCGUCGGUCGUCUAUGCCAUCCAGAACAACAUGGCCUUCGUGGCCUUAAGUAACCUGGAUGCUGCCGUCUAUCAGGUGACGUAUCAGCUGAAGAUCCCCUGCACGGCGUUGUGUACGGUGCUGAUGCUCAGCCGCUCUCUGAGCCGCCUGCAGUGGUUCUCCGUCUUUCUGCUGUGUGGAGGAGUCACGCUGGUGCAGUGGACGCCGCCGCUGUCCACCAAAGUCCAGGUGGAGCAGAACCCAUUCCUGGGCUUCAUGGCGAUCGCGGUGGCGGUGCUCUGCUCCGGGUUUGCAGGUGUAUACUUCGAGAAGGUCCUGAAGAGUUCGGACACGUCUCUGUGGGUGCGAAACAUCCAGAUGUACCUGUCGGGAAUCGUGGUGACCCUCAUAGGGGUCUUCAUAACAGACGGGGCUCAGGUCUUGGAGAAAGGCUUCUUCUACGGAUACACGCCGUGGGUCUGUUUAGUCGUCUUUUUGGCCAGCGUGGGAGGAAUGUACACGUCUGUGGUGGUGAAAUACACUGAUAACAUCAUGAAGGGCUUCUCUGCGGCCGCUGCCAUCGUCCUGUCCACCGUGGCGUCUGUCGUUCUCUUCGGCCUGCAGAUCACGGUGACGUUCCUCACAGGAGCACUGCUGGUGUGUGUGUCCAUCUAUCUGUACGGCCUGCCCAAACAGGACACCAGCAGACUGCAGAAGCCCAGCGCAGACAGAGAGGACAAGCAGAAGCUGAUCAGCGUCUGAUGAAGGACCGCUGAGGGACAUGGACUGACUACACUACAUCAGGAGCCAGGAGAAGUGUUGGGAGUGCUCUGUGCCGCCGGGGAAGGACUGGAACACUUUGGUUUUACCUUAUUUUGAUUCUUUCUCUAUAAUUUCAUUUGU